ACAUGGCUUCAAUGGAGAAGCGACUACAGAAGGAGCUGCAAGCGCUCCUCAAGGACCCGCCAGUUGGGGUGAAUGUGGACACAGAAAGCAUCCAGAAGAAUCUAUCAGAGUGGAUUGUCUACAUCAAUGGUGCUCCUGAAUCUCUGUAUGAAGGUGAGAACUUCCAGCUUCAUUUCAAGUUCGGCUCUAGGUACCCCUUCGACUCUCCCCAGGUGACAUUCAUCGGGUCCAACAUCCCUGUUCAUCCUCAUGUAUAUAGUAACGGCCAUAUAUGUCUGUCUAUACUGACGGAGGACUGGUCCCCGGCCCUGUCCGUGCAGGCUGUGUGUCUCAGUGUCGUCAGUAUGUUGUCCAGCUGUAAAGAAAAGAAGAGGCCUCCUGAUAAUGCAAUAUAUGUGAAGACAUGCAGUAAAAACCCAAAGAAAACUAGAUGGUGGUAUCAUGAUGACUCUGUAUGACACAACAUUGUGGCAGUGUCACUUGUUUAGUGGUACUACACCUGGGCCUGGCAAGUAAUCCGUGAGCUACACCACCUCCGCCUGGCUCGCUAGACAUAUCAGCAAGCUGGGGUCUCCCGCUAUCACAGCAACACUUGCUUCAGUCUCACACACUUUAUUUAUCGCCUCAUAUGUGAACACAUUCUCCCUGUCUGCAGAGGAGAGACACAGGUUCUGAAGAACAAAUAACAUAUU